AUGUGAAGAAAGGUACUUCUGAAAUAUCUACGGUGUAAACCUGCAGAUCAGUCCUUCGAAUCUUCUGUGUGAUGUUAUAGAGCAAUAUGUUUUGCAUUAAGCCUUAAUAGCUUCUAAGAUAUGAUAUCAUUUGCCUUGUCUGUAUUUGUUGGUUUCAUAGUCUUUGGUGAAGAGUUUCCGUUUAGUGAUAUAUUUCACAAAAUAAGUAAAAGUAACUAUACAUUGUGGACUAACAGGACUGCUAUUAAAGUCCGAAGUAGAAUGGACUGUGCUAGCAGAUGUUUAAUCACUAACAGGUGCAGGGCUUUUACAUUUGAGGAAACUACAUCAAUGUGUACUUUGGGUUUCUGUUCUCAGUCUAAUUCUUCUGCUCGAAGUCAGUCUGUAGAUUUGUACCAAAUACAACGUAAGAAAUGCAACACUUAUCCAGGCUUCAGUUCCAAGUCUUAUGGGAGUACAAUCGCGUGUGUAUGGCAGUCUACUGAGAGACUCAACUUUACUAUGGCUAGAUCUGACUGUGCUGCAAAAGGAGCAAGUCUCUUUACAGUGAACACAUUUGAAAAGUUGCAGAUUGCUGGGCUACUGCCUGGCAGUUACUUAAUAGGUUUGAAUGACAACGAGACAGAAAAAACAUUUGUAUUUGAGGUAGAUAAUUCAAUCCUUGACGAAAGCCUUAAGCAACAGCUGUUUGCAUCAGGUCAGCCAGAUGAUCUAUACUCUGACGAAGACUGUGUAGUCUACGUAGACUAUUUCAGAGGAUUGAAUGACAUCUCUUGCUCAAGAAACGAAAUCUACGUCUGUGAACAAUUCUGUUUUAUCCCUUAGCUAAUUGUCUUUCUUACUUUAUACAACUAAAAAAAUAAAAAUAAGUAAGCACCUGA